CGGUUGUCAGACGCCGCCAAGCUUGUGCGGGGGAGCUGCGCCCGGCUCAGGCGCCGGGAGCGCUGGAUUCACACCGCCGCCGCGGGGCUGCUCUCCGCGCCGGGCCGGGCCCGCCGGCACCUGGAAGUUCUUUCUGAAGAUUUCUUGAAGAUGAAAAAGGAUAUUUGAUGGUUUUACUGAAGGGAAAGCAAUAUUGUCUGACAUGACGGCAAAAAAUGUUGGUGUAGCUUCCACAAAUGGAGACUUGAAGGGAUUUAUAGAUCAGAACCAGAGUCCAACAAAAGGUAGUAUUUCAAUAAUUGCAUUACCAGUUUCCAGUACCAACUCACCAACCAAGAUAUUGCCAAAAACCUUAGGACCAAUAAAUGUGAAUGUUGGACCCCAAAUGAUCAUAAGCACACCACAAAGACUGACCAAUUCAGGGAAUGUUCUGAUUGGGAGUCCAUAUACCCCAGCACCAGCAAUGGUCACUCAGACGCACAUAACGGAAGCUACUAGCUGGGUUCCAGGGGAUAGAAAACGGACUCGGGAAUUUAUAGAAUCAGAUUUUUCAGAAAGCAAAAGAAGCAAAAAAGGAGAUAAAAAUGGAAAGGGUCUGAGGCAUUUUUCAAUGAAAGUGUGUGAAAAAGUCCAACGGAAAGGAACAACAUCCUACAAUGAAGUGGCUGAUGAACUGGUAUCAGAAUUCACAAAUUCUAACAGCCACUUAGCUACAGAUGCGCAGGCUUAUGACCAGAAGAAUAUUAGGCGGAGAGUAUAUGAUGCCCUCAAUGUGCUGAUGGCAAUGAACAUCAUUUCAAAGGAGAAAAAGGAAAUCAAAUGGAUUGGCCUUCCUACAAACUCAGCUCAAGAAUGUCAAAACCUAGAGAUAGAGAAACAGAGACGAAUUGAACGAAUAAAACAGAAGAGAGCCCAGCUACAAGAACUGUUAUUGCAGCAAAUAGCUUUCAAAAACUUGGUACAAAGAAAUCAACAAAAUGAACAACAGAAUCAAGGCCCUCCAGCUUUGAACUCUACGAUACAGCUCCCUUUCUUAAUAGUCAACACUAGCAAAAGAACCAUUAUAGACUGCAGCAUAUCAAGUGAUAAAUUUGAAUACCUCUUUAAUUUUGAUAACACGUUUGAGAUUCAUGAUGACAUUGAGGUGCUAAAGCGAAUGGGAAUGUCCUUUGGUUUAGAAACAGGCAAAUGCUCACCGGAAGACCUCAAAACUGCUAAAUCAUUGGUGCCAAAGGCUUUGGAAGGCUAUGUCACAGAUAUGUCUACAGGACUUUCAUGGGUGAACCAGGGAAUACUUUCAAAUUCUGCUCAAGCAGGUUCAAAUAUAGAAGUGACUGGAGGCACCUCUAUUUCUAAGUCAAGUGGAAAUCCAGGGUUGUGUUUGGAUGCUGAAGUGGCCUUAGCAACUGGGCAGUUCCUUGCCCCUAGCAGUCAGCAGUCCAGCAGCGCAGCAUCACGCUACUCAGAGUCACGAGGAGAGACUCCGUGCUCUUUCAAUGAUGAGGAUGAAGACGAAGAUGAUGAUGAUUCUUCCUCCCCAGAAUAAAGACAGUAGAAAAAAGAAUAUAUAAAAUGCUGCUUUUAUGUGUUUUUAGUGCAAGCUCCUGUUUUGAAUAUUAUUUUAGUUUCUUGCCUUUGUUUGCACUGUAUGUUCAGUGAAACUAAAUGGAAAAUUCAAAAAAAAAAAAAUCCAAAGUUGAGACAGGUUGAAAAAUGUUUAUAACUGAACCCAGAGCUGUAUGUUGGCAUGGAGCAAACGAAGGGCUUUUGCAACUGCAACCAAGGAAAAGAACAAAGUCCCUGAGGAUUUGGCUGAGUAAACGCUAAGUGCACAAGUUUAUUUUCCAUAACUUGGGAUGUUUCUCUUUUCCCUCCAUUUAGCCCACUCAGAUGGAUAUGGCUAGUGUCAGUCAAGAGAUACUGAUUCUCCUGUUGUCUUUUGGCUGUGCUAUCUUUUAAAAGAAAUCUAGAUAUAAAACUAUCUCAUGUAUUAAAACCAUUAUAGGGAGGAGGGGGUGUCAGAAUGUUUGCUUUGUUCUGUUCAACUUGCUGUAUAGAAGAAUCUUAAAGUAAUAUAAAUUACAAGUGAUCAAAUGAAUCUUUAAGAAGAUUAAAUCCAUUGUAGGUACACUAAAAAUAACAUUAGUAUGUAUCUUUUAAAAAGGUCAUAGUUUUCCAUUGAUAUUUCAGGCCUAAUUUAUUACAUAACUGAUUAUUGUUAGCCAUUGCUAGAUAGGGUAAAAUGGUAGCAUUCUCUGCGCCAACAUUGUUUGUUUUUUUAAAUUGGUGAAAAAAAAAUGGUGUUCAGAGAUUUCUGGCAAUCCAGUGCUCUUCUCCUUUACAUAUUUUAACAGACCUUAAGAAUAGUUCUCCGUAAAAUCAAACCAGAACAUAACAGAAAAAGGUUUUGAACUAUAGUGGAGAUUUCAGUCCAUACAUUUUCAGGCAUCAUUUUUUUUUUUUUAACGAGACAUUUAUGUCAAAACCAGUAUUUUAGGAAAUAAAACCCUUACUUUAGGAUAGGAUUGAUAAGAAAAAUCUAACUUUUUCAUGUUUAUGCAGUAUGACUUUUUGCAUUUCACUCACCUUGGAUGAUAAAAAUUGACCAGGUUUUGUUUCUAGGUAAUCUCACUUUUUAGCUAUCCUGCUGUAUUAUAGCAGUUAAGGAGAAGGGAAUCUGAUCGUUGUAUGAUGUCAAAUUAACACAAAUAAUUUUUGCAUUUCAAAAAUAGGAAUUGGGUUAGUAGUAAUUUUGCUUUAAUAUCACCCAAUAGAUUUUCAUAUUGUGUUAACCCAAAAUGUUAGUGGUUCUUUCACCUUCCUGUUGUGCACCAAAGGUUGCAUUAGUUGAAAGCUUUUUUUUCAGGUUUGGAUGAGAUACUUCUCAAGUACUCUUUUAUAUAUUUGGCUUGAUCAUGGCCCAAAGAUGCUGUUAAAUAUACUUUGCCAAAGUGUAGUCACGGCAUAUAGUGAAAUAAAAAAAUCAUACCAAUUACCAUGGUGGUAAAUAUAAGAAGCCAGUGUUUUAAAACAGUUGUUAAAUGACUGAGGCUCACUAAAACCAGGGGGGCUUGAAAUGAAGUCUGAAGUCUGUAUUUUACAUCAUACGCUGGUGCUCAGAAGGUCUGAUAGAUCUUUUUAAUGUAAUAUUAAUAUAUAAUUUAUAAACUAUUUAUAAGUUAUCAUUAUAUAAAUAUAAUAUAUUAGUAUAUAAAGAUCUGAUGAGAGGUCUUUUUGUAUGUAAUAUUAAUAUAUAAAAACAAACUACACUUUCUGUAAUACCAAGGUAGGAAUGAACUGGUUAAGGGCAGCAUCUUACUUUUGACCUUGUGUUUUUGUAUUGUCACUUUAAACUGGUCUCAAUAUUGUUAAUUUUUUAAGUAACUUAAAGCUUACUCAAAGUGAAUGGCAAAAUGAAAUAAUUCCUUUCAGUCUUUGCAGCCUAUUAAACAUUUUAGGUAUUUCUAAACACUACUAGUAUGUUAGCCAUUCUACCAUGAUGGUACUCAAUCUAUUAUUUAUAGGUUUAAACUAUUUGUAGUACCACUUUCACAGAACUCUGUUGUAGUCUAACAUGUUUACACAUACAAGAGAGAUGAUUAGCAAAUGUUCAAAGAUGUAUCCUAUAUUAUUCAACAGUCUGGCCAAGACAGCUGGGAUAUGCUACACAGCUGGCUCAAAGGCAGAUAACCCUUUGACUUACACUAAAAAUGCUUUCUUCUUUAGAGUGGGUGCUAAUAUCUGAAGAAAAACUUCUAUUACUAUAGAGAUAUGUAAGACCCAGUGAUUGCAUGGAUUGAAGCAAUUCACUUUGUAGUAAAUAGAGAAGUAAUUAACAGGCUUUGUGAAUACUGACAGAUGACCAAACUCAAAGGGGCUUUUUGGCCUGAAGAAACAGAUGUUUCUUCAAACCUCUGUCUUGAUUCCUUCUAAUAAACUAUUAAUGAUUAACUGCCAUUGUAGUGACCUCUAAAACUGGAAGUAGCAGUAUACAUGCUUGAUUGGAUAUUGCAUCAAUGCCACUUAGAAAAAAACCUUUUUGGAAAGUAGGUGCUUUUUAUAUAGUUUUUAAGUAUAUAUGAUUAAUGGCAGAGUGAAUGGUGUAGGCUGUAUCCCAGAGAGCUUUAUUUCUAGCUGGCCUUCAGAAAGCAAAACCAAGUUAUAUGCCACUCCGAACCACUGUUCAGAGGGACAUUUAAAAGGAUGGGAAGUGUACCAACUGUGUUUCCACCCAGGAUCUUAGCUUAGAAUUUCUCAGUUACUGGAGCCAUUUCUGUUUUGGGAGUGAAAGACCUACAGUAAAAUCUUGCUCCCACUGAAGUCCUCAAUUCAGAUUCCUUCAGAGCAGAGAAAUGCAUUGCUUGUCACUUUUGGCAUGCACCAUGCCAUUGGACUGCCAGUCUUUCCAUAUUUUUGUUAAACCAGUUUCAGAGCUUCAAAGCAAAGUUCUUAGUCUGAGAUCCUGUGUGCCAAGCUCCAGUCCGCAGAGAAUUGUUACUGAAGACGUUGUGCUCUUGUGGUUACACUAGUCUGGGACUAGGAAGAUCCUAGUCCUCAUCCAGGCAAGAGAAUCACACCCUGUGGGGACUCAGGCACAUCAUUUAUCCUCCUUUUUUUGUCUCUGCAAAACCAGGCGUAUGCAGGACUGCACCAAAAACCAGAGCCUGUAUCUGAACUGACCUGUAAGUAAAUGGGAAAAAUAAUUUUUCAAAAAGUUAAGCAUUCACCACUCCCAUUGCCUCAAUAGUCUCUCCACUAUGAGCACACGCAGCAGCUAUUACCAUAGCAGGCCUUGCUAAGAGGGCCAGAGACCAGACAUUGUGCAUGUCUCUCUGACCAUACCUGUAGCCCAAUGGAUAGGGCACUGACCUGGGAUGUUGGAAAGCUGGAGUGUCUUUGCCUCAAAUCAGGCAAAAUGAAGAUUUGAAAACUGGUCUUUCAAAUCUCAGGGAAAUGACCUAACCAUGGGAGAAUUUGUUACAGUGGAAUGUGGGGCAGUAUUUUCUCUUGGGCUAAUCUGGGUUAGACUCCAGCUCCAGGGAAAGGGUAAUUGCUGACAAGCCUGACUAGAGAUAGGCAACUUCCCUCUGGCCUACACUUAGAUACCAAACUAAACUACAUUUGAUGGGUGGGAGUUAGGAUAAAAGGGGUGGGACCUAUUGAGAAGCAUAAGCUACACCCCAUUUAAAUGGUGUGGCUUUUUUCAGUCCCAGCUUUAGACCCCUGAACUCUCCCUCUAGAUCAUAUGAGGAACCUGAACACCUACUGGGUAGCAGGGACUCUUGAGUUGAACAUUACGUUGCCUAAGUGGAUUAAGCACAAAUUUCUCCAUGUAGUUAACAGCAGAAUUUUAAAAUCUAAAUAGUCUUUUCUUUGUAAUUAUUUUUUAGUCUAUUAUCCUUAUCCAGCUGAGUGAAAUGUAAAAGUUAAUCUCUGUCACUUUCUGGCUCUUAUGCUGUACCACGGAGCAGCAAAUGCUGCCAGGGAACAUUUUAAUCCAAAACAAAGCAUGCACAACCCCACUUUUCAUUAGGACUUAAAAAUAAAUUCAUGAAAACCUUUCAUUUCAUCUUGAAAGUAGCUUUAUUUAUCACAUGAUAAACAUUAUAGAGCCUUAGCAGGAAAAUUCAGCAUGAAGUAUUAAGCUCAUAGUUGAUGGUUUGUCCACACACCAAAUGUCAUACCUUGGUGGGCACAUAAAAAACACAAUUUUAUCCCAAACUAAUUUUGGGGGGGUUGGUUUGGAUUAAUAUUAGGGUGCGGCUGGUUUGGGGGCACAUUGAUGAGUGGGUAAAUAUCUGGAGCCAAACAAGGCAGGUCUAAGCUCCAUGCACAUUUUCUUGUCUACAAAGUCAUGGUGCAUGCAUCUUGCACAGAGCACUUCAGUGUAUCAUGUGGAGAUGUCAGUGCAUAUUUUAUACUAUAUAGCUCACAUUCAGGGUAUGUCUUCACCUCUUUUUUGGAGUAAGCUGAAGCCUUGUGUUCACCUACCCUCAACCAUGUGAACUGCCCUUCCAAGACUUUCCUUUGGGAGCCUCUGGGAAGGAGAGAAAGAAACAGCAUUUGGGCAGACUACUUCCCAGAGGAGCAGGAAAAGAAAACUCAGAGCCUUUCUAGGAGUCAUGCCCACUCUGUCUCUGCUGUGCUAGACUUGUUUGGGGCAGCUGACAGACAGUGGAGUGCAGAAGGGCCAGGACUGCAUGUGCUACCCCACACAGUGCUCAGAUGACUUACGCAUACCCUGGGACUUCCUUGAAGACAAGGGCUUCCAGGAAGAUCAACCAUUGACUUUGAUGCUGAGGAGAGUGUCUUAGGGGAGGCUGGACUACUACCAGCUUGUGAGCUGAAGGCUUUGUAAUAGAAUCAUUACGCAAAUGGUUGACAGGUUUGGGUUAUUGGAUGGGUCUGGGACCAGCCCUAUAAGCACUCAGAUUCGUACCAUGAGAAUAGGACUUCUCAGCAGCGCUGCUCAGAGGAAACCUAUAAGAAUAGGGGCACAAGAGUCCAACUGUCUCCACAGGUCUUGAGCCCUGGACUCUAGUUGGCAACAGUCCUGGCAGGGGUGAGGGGAGGGCCUGAACAUCACUGUGAAAUAAGACGUUAGAGAAAACCGGCCCACAUUUUAAAACGUAUUACAUAUACUUCUAAAAUAGGGUUGAGGAUAGACAUUUAUUACUGAUGCUGGACAAGUCUUAGUGACUUAUUUUAUAGAACCACUAUCAUGAAUUAUUCUAAUAAAAAGGUAAUUUUCUAACUAUAAUAGAACAGCUAUGGACUAUUUUAUAUUAUUUUAAAUUUACAUUCAUCUUCCUUUUUUUUGUUUUGAACUGCAAAAACCAGUAAAAGCCAUAGGUUGUUUUAUAUUAAAUGGGUGGAAAACUUGGUUAAAAAUAAGUUUGUCUCAGUCAUUGACUCGGCUGUUUUAUUCCAAGUUUCAAAACAAAACUUAAAGCAAGGUCUGUAAACUAAAAAAGGAAGCACUCAGAUAACUUUCAUUUGUCUCAGUAACUCCAAAGUCAUGCUGCUGCAAAAACUGUAUGGGAUUUAAUGAUUUCUAGAGCUUUAUUUACUGAAUGAAUUGAAAUUGCUGACCUGUAUUUUAUGCUGAUCAACGGUGAGAGCUUUGAUUAAUUUUAUUUUUCUUACUGAAUCCAAUAACCUAUGGUUUUUUCCCCUUAAUGUAUCUUCUGGCAUAAAAUAUACUACUGGAUCUGCCAAUUUUUUUGCGCAUUAAGCUAAAAGCAUUUAAACAUCUCUUUCCCAUUAAACCCUGUUAAGCUAAGACUUUCCCAGAUUCAACUGCCAUCCAAUACACUGCAGCAAGUUGCCCAGAAGCCUGUAAACAAUUUAGUGCAAAUUUUUAGUAUCCUGAGGUUCUUUCUUGAUAGACUUCAAUGAUACACCAGUUGUUUUUUGUUUUUUCCAGAAAAGCUGCUAUUAAGCUAUCUUGAUGAUUUUUUUUGUCCUGAUUGAGUAAUGUUAAUUUUUACUAGCACAUUGUAUGUGGCUAGUAGUAGUGUAAAAGGAAUGUGGUAGUAUUAUAUAUGCUUUAAAUAUUGACAGACAGAAAUACAAAGCAAAAUGCAUACACAAAAGUUUUACUUUCCUAAUGGGAACAUCGGCAUUAGUAUAUAGUGUAUUUGAUCUAAUAGGAAAUAUUACUUUGUAGUAUCACACACUUUGUAAAUAAAUACCUGUUAUUUUUUUAAUGAAAAUUUUAUAGAAGAAGCUAUUUCUGUAUACUCAACUGAUCUCAUGUUUACCAAAAUUGCUGCAAGGGGGAACCGUACUUAACAACGCGAGGGUGGGGAAACUGCAUCUGAUUGAAGUGAAAAGCAUGCACUCAUUGGAGAAAAACAACAUCUAGCUGUUUAUAAUCUGAGGAGUAAAGCUGAACUGUAGAAGAAUGGAAUAAAAGAAUUUAAAGACAA